ACCUCAGAAGGCCCAGGCCGCGCGGUCCCGCCCGGAGCACGCGCCAAUCACCCCCUGAGGCGAGCGUCCGUGGAGUGGCGGGAAGCAUGCGUGACUACGAGGAGGUGACCGCCUUCCUGGGCGAGUGGGGACCCUUCCAGCGCCUCAUCUUCUUCCUGCUCAGCGCCAGCAUCAUCCCCAAUGGCUUCAACGGUAUGUCCAUCUUGUUCCUAGCGGGGACCCCGGAGCACCACUGCCGGGUGCCGGACACGGCGAACCUGAGCAGCGCCUGGCGCAACCACAGUAUCCCGUUGGUGCGGCAGGAUGGCCGCGAGGUGCCGCACAGCUGCCGCCGCUACCGCCUGGCCACCAUCGCCAACUUGUCGGCGCUGGGGCUGGAGCCGGUGCUGGACGUGGACCUGGAGCGGCUGGAGCAGGAGAGCUGCGUGGAUGGCUGGGAGUUCAGCCGGGACAUCUACCAGACCACCAUCGUGACCGAGUGGAAUCUGGUGUGUGAGGAUGACUGGAAGACGCCCCUCACCACCUCCCUGUUCUUCGUAGGCGUGCUCAUCGGCUCCUUCGUGUCUGGGCAGCUGUCAGACAGGUUUGGCAGGAAGAACGUGCUCUUUGCAACCAUGGCUGUGCAGACUGGAUUCAGCUUCGUGCAGCUUUUCUCCAUCAACUGGGAGAUGUUCACUGUGUUGUUUAUCAUCGUGGGCAUGGGUCAGAUCUCCAACUACGUGGUAGCCUUCAUAUUAGGAACAGAAAUCCUUGGCAAGUCAGUUCGUAUUAUAUUCUCCACAUUAGGAGUGUGCACGUUUUUUGCAAUUGGCUACAUGGUGCUGCCACUGUUUGCUUACUUCAUCCGAGACUGGCGGCUGCUGCUGCUGGCGCUGACAAUGCCCGGCGUGCUGUGCGUCCCGCUCUGGUGGUUUAUUCCUGAAUCUCCUCGGUGGCUGAUAUCCCAGAGGAGAUUUAGAGAGGCUGAAGAUAUCAUCUGGAAGGCUGCAAAGAUGAACAAGAAGUCUGUACCUGCAGUGAUAUUUGAUCCAGGGGAGCUCCAGGAGCUAAACGCCAUGAAGCAGCAGAAAGUUUUCAUUCUGGACCUGUUCAGGACUUGGAAUAUCACCACAAUAACCAUUAUGUCUUUGCUGUUAUGGAUGCUAACCUCCGUGGGUUAUUUUGGUCUGUCUCUCGAUGUUCCUAAUUUACAUGGUGAUGCUUACCUGAACUGCUUCCUCUCUGCCUUGGUUGAAAUUCCAGCGUACAUCAUAACUUGGCUGCUCCUGCGGACCUUUCCCAGGCGUUACAUCAUUGCUGGGGUUCUGUUCUUGGGAGGAGGUAUGCUCCUCCUGAUUCAACUGGUACCUGCAGAGUACUACUUCUUGUCCAUUGGUCUGGUGAUGUUCGGGAAAUUCGGAAUCACCUCUGCCUUCUCCAUGCUGUACGUCUUCACUGCAGAGCUCUACCCAACCCCGGUGAGGAACAUGGCUGUGGGCAUCACUUCCAUGGCCUCCAGAGUGGGCAGCAUCAUCGCCCCCUACUUCGUUUACCUAGGUGCUUAUGACAGACUUCUGCCAUACAUUGUCAUGGGCAGUCUGACUGUCCUGAUUGGCAUUGUCACCCUCUUUUUCCCUGAAAGUUUUGGAAUGACUCUGCCAGAGACAUUAGAACAGAUGCAGAGAGUGAAAGGGUUCAGAUGUGGGAAAAAAUCCAGAGCCUCAAUGGAUAGAGAAGAAAAUCCCAAGGUUCUAAUAACUGCAUUCUGACGUUGGAAAAAAAAAAAAUCUCCUGCAAUUGGCAAGCCAAAAGACAGAUACACAAGACUGGAAAAACUAAAAUUUUUUCUACUUUCAUAACUGACAGCAACCAGUAACAGUACAAUGGGCCUUGUCCAGAUAAUCUCCAUGUUUUUAAGGACAAGUCUUCCUUCCUUCCUUCCUUCCUUUCCUUUCCUUUAUUCCUUUCUUUUUUCUCU